AUGCCUGUUCUAUCUGUCCCGUGUCUUGUGAGGGUUUGCAGCAAUAAGAAAUUUGAGGGUGGAAUUCCUGUAUCUCGUAUUCCUCCCGUUCGUUGGGAAGAAGUUGGAGGAAUGCAGAAAGCAAAAGAAGAAAUUCAACAAUUUAUUUCUCUUCCUCUUAAGUAUCCUCAUCUAUUUGAUGGUGUCCGUGUAAGAGGAGGGUGUCUCCUAUUUGGUCCCCCUGGUACAGGGAAGACACUCUUAGCUAAGGCAGUAGCAACUGAAUGUGACGUCAACUUUCUUGCUGUUAAGGGACCUGAAUUACUUAAUAAGUACUCAUAA